AUGCUUUUAACUGUUGAGGUUCAUAGUCUCCGCAAAGCAAAUGAAGCACUUAGUAAAUAUUGGAAAGCUAGAAAAGCUUUAAUACGAAAAGAAGGAGCAUUUUCAAUAGAAGAUGGAUAUAGUAUAUUAGAACAAGAGAAUAUAGAAGAUCAGAUACAAUGCGACGAAUAUACCAAUGAUGGUUCUUCAGCAAGAAGGCAAGCUACUAUACAAUGA